UGUUUUUUUUUUUUGGGCUAAUUUUCUUCGAGAAGUUAUUAUUGUGUGAAAGGACUAUCCAGUUGUAUUAUAAUUGUUCUCAAUAAAUGGAUAUGUAAACGAAUGAGGUGAUAUGCUGCAAAUAUGUUAUUUGCGUAGUACUUGGGGAAAUGCUGUUACUUUCUAGUUGAGCCGAACGCGCCUAACCAUACACCUAAUGUGUUUCCUAUAUAUAAUAAAUCAAUCAAAUUAAAGUGGGACUUAAAUCAGCAUUUACUCAUUGAUACGGGAAUGAAAAUGCAUGCAUGUGAUGUCUGCAAUAAACCAUACCGACUAAAGGGGGAGUUAAAUAAGCAUAUGCGAAUUCACUCAGGAGAGAAGCCUCAUGUGUGUGAUGUAUGCAACAAGUCGUUUAUGCAAAAGAGUCAUUUAAAGGAGCAUUUGUAUAUUCACACAGGGGAGAAACCUCAUGUGUGCGAGAUAUGUAACAAGUUAUUUAGACAAAAGAGUAAUUUAAAGGAGCAUUUGUAUAGUCACACAGGAGAGAAACCUCAUGUGUGCGAGAUAUGUAACAAGUCAUUUCAACGAAUACGUUAUUUAAAAAGACAUAGACUUAUCCAUACUGGAGAGAAACCUUAUGCAUGUGAAGUAUGUAACAAAUCAUUUAGAUUUAAAGGCGAUUUAAAUAAGCAUGUGCCUAUUCAUACAGGAGAGGAGUGUCAUGUGUGCAAGGUGUGUAAUAAAUCAUUUCGACUAAAUUGUUAUUUCAACAAGCACAUGAAAAUUUACACAAAAGAAAAACCGUAUGUUUGUGAGACAUGCAAAAAGCCAUUGGGACAAAAGGAUAAUUUUCUUAUUUAUACAAGUGAGAAAUCCCAUUUCUGUGAGAUAUGUAACAAAUCAUUUAAACUAAAGUAUCAAUUAAAUGUGCAUAUGCGUACACACACAAAAGAGAAGCCUUAUGUGUGUGAUAUAUGCAACAGUUCAUUUAGACAAACGGGUCAUUUAAUCAACCAUAUGCGUGUUCAUACUGGAGAGAAACCUCAUGGGUGUGAGGUUUGUAAAAAGUCAUUUGCACAAGUGUACGAUUUAAGAAAACAUAUUCUUAUUCAUACUGGGGAGAAACCUUAUGUGUGUGAAGUAUGUAACAAGUUAUUUAGAUCGAAAUGUAGUUUAAGUAAACAUGUGCUUAUUCAUAGAGGAGAGAAAUCUCAUCUGUGUCUCAUAUGCAAACGAUCAUUUAGAAUAAAGGGUGCUUUAAAGGAACACAUGCGUAUCCACACAGGAGAAAAACCUUAUGUCUGUAAUGUAUGUAACAAAUCAUUUACACAAAACCAUUAUUUAAAUGAGCAUGUGGUCAUUCACACACGAAAAAAAUAAUAUAGAUAAUAAUUGAGGAUAUAUAUGUUCAUCCACAUAGAUGAGAAAUGCUGUGUGUGUGAUGUGUAUAUGAAGUCAUUUAGACCAGUUGUCUCCAACUUGGAUUGUGCUUAGGCUAUAUCCACGAUCUGAAAACAGCUGAUGAGACAGAAUUUUUGGCUGAUCUUUGGAAUAUGGCAACAGGUAGUUUGGCGACAUUUUGGUAAUGCGAUAAAGGUUACUAGCUAGGACUUUAGCAGUGUACAUGG